AAAAACGGACGGACCUGCUAUCUAGCGAACGAGAGGUGCAAAUUCAUAUGUGCUUGUGCUCCAGGUUUUGUUGGAGAAAAAUGUGAAAAAGCUGCUGAGAACUGUAAGGAGAUUAACGACGACAACAAAGGAAAGGGCUUUCCUGUCAUUAACCAAUCCUUCCCUCUGAAGUUUGGAUCAACCAAAAUUUUAGUUUACUGUCACACGACGAGUCUUGGUUUGUGUGGAGACGGUGGUUGGACACUGGUUAUGAAGAUAAAUGGAUCUAAGAACACCUUCAAUUAUGAUUCUGAGAUCUGGAGCAAUAAGACCGGAUUGAACAUUCAGGCGGGGAUGACAGGGUUAGAUGACCAAGAGACCAAGCUACCGACUUACUGGAAGACAAACUUUACUAAGAUCUGCCUUGGUAUGAAAACCGGCGGACAAGUAAACUUUAUGUUGAUGAACAAGACGGCUGAAUCUUUGCACUCAUUGAUUGCCGACGGGGAAUAUCGUAAUACGUCACUUGGUCGUGAUGCAUGGAAGUCGCUUCUCGGUUCCGAGGGCUCCUUGCAACUUAAUUGUAAUAAAGAAGGGUUUAAUACAAUCAGCCCGCGAGGUAACCAAGCUAAGGCAAGAAUUGGCAUCCUUGGUAACGACCAAAAUGACUGCGAAAGCUGUGAUUCUAGAAUCGGUUUUGGUACAGCACCGGGUGCCAACACCUGUGGAAACGUGGCAGCACACACAGCAGACAACGGAAACAGAAAUGUCGCAGUCAUGGGAUAUAUAUUUGUUCAGUAAUUAGACAUUACUAGCGUCCAUUUUGGGACGUGUCAUUCUUAUUUAUCGUUUUUGCCGAUUCACAAACUUUCUUAAAGUGCCUUCGAGACGAUUUUUUUUUACGCAAAUAUUUAGCUUAUCACACGUAAAGAGCAAUUCUGAUAGAAGAAAAAUUUCAAAGAAUUCAAAAAUCGGUUUUUCCGGGCCCCAAAGUGCUCCUAUUUUGUCUGAAAGUGUCCCGUGGACUGGUAACGAAUAAGCGAGUGAUGAAGUAGAAAACUGAGAAAACCGUCUCUUGACACUUACGAAUCUCUCACGUCUCUCGUAAUUUUGUAUCAUUCGGCGUUGAAAUACUCUUGAAAGAAAAGCUAUGUAUACCUACCUUCAGCAAGCUC